UCAAUAUUUCCCGCGCAAAAUUGGAGGCAGCGCAUUGUCCACAAACUCGGCGACAACAAUAUUGAGAAGUGCUACUGCUAUUUGUUGUGGAAAACAUUGAACGGAUAAUUUAAACACUCAAAAAAUGUCAAGCCCCGCUCAUUCACCCAAUGUUGGCUCUGGUACACCAAAACAAGGAGUGCGCACGCCCACACGAAGCUUUGCUGCACAGGAUGCAGCUACGCCAAUGCGUAUGGGACCCGGCCGGUUGCCUGUGAGGCCCUCCGACAACAUUAGUCUGCCGCCAACAUCGCCGGCGAAUAUUAGCUUGCCCGCCACGAGUCCUGCUCGUGGUCUCGGUGGCAUGAGCGAGAUUGAUUUGAGUUCGCCCCUCAACUAUGGCACGCCCAGUUCCAUGGGCUCUAUACGUACACCACGUUCCGGCAUACGUGGCACUCCAUUGCGUGCGCGCCCAGAUAUUCGCACGGAUAAGCGCAUCCGGCAAGUGGCUAUUGGAGGCACCUCGGGUCUGGAACCCAUUGCUGAGAAGGGUUCGGAGACGGAUCCAGGGUCCGAGGCAUCAGCAGCACCGCAACUGGUUGUCUGGGGCACCAAUGUGGUUGUGAGCCAGUGCAAGUCCAAGUUCAAGUCGUUCAUCAUGCGCUUCAUCGAUCCAAGCGCCGAACAGGAUGAAAUAUCGGAGAACAUUGAUGUUAAUCAGCCGUUAUAUCUGCAGAAGCUGGAGGAGAUUCACACAUUAGAAGAGCCAUAUCUAAAUCUGAACUGUGCACAUCUGAAGACCUUCGAGCAGGAUUUGUAUCGACAGCUGAUAUGCUAUCCACAGGAAGUAAUUCCUGGCUUUGAUAUGGCCAUCAAUGAGAUGUUCUUUGAGCGUUAUCCGGCCGCCCUGCUGGAGCAUCAGAUUCAAGUGCGUCCCUUCAAUGCGGACAAGACGCGCAACAUGCGAUCCUUGAAUCCUGAGGAUAUGGACCAGCUGAUCAGUAUUAGCGGCAUGGUUAUCCGCUCCUCGAACGUCAUACCCGAAAUGCGUGAGGCGUUUUUCAUGUGCAACAUCUGCUCUUUCUGCACCACCGUCGAAGUCGAUCGUGGACGUAUUUCGCAGCCAACGCUAUGCACCAAUUGUAACACGAAUCACUGUUUCCGCAUCAUACACAAUCGCAGCGAGUUCUCAGACAAACAGCUGAUCAAGCUGCAGGAGUCGCCGGAUGACAUGGCCGCAGGUCAGACGCCGCACAAUGUUCUGUUGUAUGCCCACAAUGAUCUGGUGGACAAAGUGCAGCCAGGCGAUCGCAUCACUGUCACUGGCAUCUAUCGGGCCACGCCGCUAAGGGGCAAAGGAUUGAAUGUGAAGAGUGUGUACAAAACACACAUCGAUGUGGUCCACUUCCGUAAGGUGGACAACAAGCGACUGUACGAGGAGGAAGAGGGCAAGGAUCACAUUUUUCCACCGGAACGCAUUGAACUGCUGCAACUGCUGUCGAAGAAACCCGAUAUCUAUGAUCGCCUGGCGCGCGCUAUUGCGCCCUCGAUUUACGAGAACGAUGACAUUAAGAAGGGCAUUUUGCUGCAACUCUUUGGCGGCACCAAAAAGAAACACGCUACCCUGGGCCGUCAGAACUUUAGAUCGGAGAUUCAUCUACUGCUCUGCGGUGAUCCCGGCACAUCCAAAUCGCAAAUGCUUCAGUACGUUUACAAUUUGGUGCCACGUUCACAGUACACAUCGGGUCGUGGCUCAUCAGCGGUGGGUCUGACUGCAUAUGUGACCAAGGAUCCGGAAACACGCCAACUGGUCCUGCAAACUGGCGCCCUCGUGUUGGCCGACAAUGGUGUCUGUUGCAUCGAUGAGUUUGACAAGAUGAACGAUUCCACGCGCAGUGUGCUGCACGAGGUGAUGGAGCAGCAAACGUUGAGCAUUGCCAAGGCAGGCAUCAUUUGUCAACUGAACGCCCGCACUUCCAUACUGGCAGCAGCCAAUCCCGCAGAGUCGCAGUGGAAUAAGCGCAAGAAUAUCAUCGACAAUGUUCAGUUGCCGCAUACUCUCCUGUCGCGUUUCGAUUUGAUAUUCCUGGUCUUGGAUCCGCAAGAUGAGGUUUUUGACAAACGUUUGGCCAGCCACUUGGUGUCUCUGUACUAUGUGACGCGUCACGAGGAGGAGGACACUAUGUUUGAUAUGAGCGUGCUGCGUGACUACAUAGCCUAUGCGCGUGAGCAUCUCUCUCCGACACUGUCGGACGAAGCUCAACAGCGCCUAAUUCAGGCAUACGUGGACAUGCGCAAGGUAGGCGCUGGUCGUGGUCAAAUUUCGGCCUAUCCUCGGCAACUGGAAAGCUUGAUACGUCUAUCGGAAGCACACGCCAAGGUACGACUUAGCAAUGAGGUCGAAUUGCGAGAUGUCGAGGAAGCUUGGCGGCUACAUCGCGAGGCCCUGAAACAGUCGGCAACAGAUCCGCUGUCGGGUAAAAUCGAUGUUGGCAUCCUGACCACCGGUCUGUCCACAGCUGCUCGCAAGAAACGCGCUGAUCUGGUGGCUGCCAUCAAAGAAAAUCUCAAAAAGAAGGGCAAGGUGCCCACGGUGCCUUACCAGAAACUUUUCAAGGAGAUCAAGGAAGGCUCUCAAAUUCUAAUUACACGCGAACAGUUCGAAGAUGCCCUUAAGGAGGUUCAGGAUGAGGGCGCCAUAGUUGUCAUGGGCAAGAAUACCAUUCGAAUUUGUUAAUUUUCACCACUACAAAACUCAUUCAUUCCUAGUAUUAAGCAGUAAUGUUUUUUAAUAAAGAUCAUUUUUAAAAUAUUA